AUGAGUGUUUCACGAUUACAAUAUCAGAAGCCAUAAUUAACUAGGCAAGUCUCUGCUACUUCAAGAACGACUCCCAAAGAUAUCAAUCCUGAUAACACGAUUAUGUCAUUCCUUAAAUCAAUGGAUACAAAAUAGGCUGCCGUAUUAAAUCGAUCAAUACGUUAAGGAGAGAAACUAAAUGUUAGAAAUCAGCAGGCUUCCACUACCUAAAUACAAAGUAGCAGAAUCCAAUUAUCGACUGUUGAGAGAUAAAUAUUUAAUAACCUCGAAUUAAGAAUUUAAAAGUUACCUCAAAAAGAAUAAGAGUAUGUUAAACAACUUUUGGGGUAGAUCGAAAAUGGAGAGUAAAAACAUGAAGAACUUAUCUAAUUUUUUAAAAAUAACAAAAGUAAAAGAAUACAAUUAAGAAUUUUGUCUAAUUAUGGUAAUAGUGCUUCAGUAGGAUUAACAGGCGUUGAAUUGCUAAAUCAAUAAUCAAAACUCGUUUAAAUCACAUCAAUCAUUUCAGAUGAUGAUUCCAAUAAUACAAUCACUAAUCUCAUUAAUGGACAUAAUUUGAUAAUUAACCAGGAAUACAUGUGGAUAACGAAUUAUAAAUCAUUUCCAAUCACAAUUACUCUUCAUUAUGUGGAUGAGUCUGAAGUACUCACACAUGUCAAAAUUUGGAAUUUUAAUAAAAAUAGAAAGGAAUUAGAUAAAUGUGUACAAAACAUUGAGAUUCUACAAAAUGAACAAUUGGUUUGGUCAGGUUAACUAAAAAGAGGAGUAGGCAACACUUAUACUGAAUAUGCAGAUCUAUUGGAAUUGAAAAUCAAUAAUCAAAUUAAGGAAGUAGUCCCUCAGCCAUUCUACCAAUCGAUGUAAUCAAUGGUUUCUAAGAAAUCAGAUGAUAAUAUUAUAAAUCAAUCAAAAGCAUCCAGUUAAUUUAAGCAUCAAAAACCUAAGGUUAUGAAAAAUCCCUUUGAUGAUGAGAAGAGAAUCAAAUAGCCAGAAUCUUAACCUGCCAAAAUAUAAGUUAAUUAGAAGAGACUCUUCAAAAACCCUAUGAGUUUGUUUCCACAAAAAUAAUUGACUGAAGAAGACACUACAAUCACAAAUCUCAAAAGAGGAGUUGCUCAUAUAGCUGCUGGACAAAAUAGAGAAUAAAAGGAAUCACCAUUCCUGAUUGUCCGAUUGGAAACUUAUUGA